GACAACCGACCAAACCCUACUCUGGACACAAUCGAACUCGAACAUCGCUCUCCUGGUUCACUGUUUCGAUAUCGAAACCUUUGUCUCUCCAAAAAUUGAAGUCAAUCCAUCUCAAGCAAAGAUUCAAAUGGCUUCAAGAAUUCCUUUCUUUUCAUUUACAAUCACCCCUCAACCCCGAAAAUUGCAUCCUUGUCCUUUCUCCUCGACAACCCUUUGGAGCAACAAACCCAGAACACAAAUCCCAUGCAUCAACAAGAUCGGUGAUUUAGACCUUGCAUCAGGUUUGGCUUCAGAGGCGGCAAAGAGAAAUGCCCAUUUGGUGCAAAGAGAGGAGGCCAUGAAGAAGAGCAAAGAGCUCCUGUUCACAGAUCUGUGCCAGUACCUUGCUUUGAAAGGAGAUGAAGUCAGGAAGAAGUGGAGAAAGAUGGACGAAGAGGACAAAUGGGUUUUGGUUAAAGGGUUUAUUUCAGAGUGGAGUGAGAGUUUCCAUCCCUUGUCUGCAAGGUCUGUGAAGGAGAUGGUUGAGGAAUAUUUGCAGGAAGAGAGCCCAUCAGCAAAACCUUCGCCUUCAUCGUUAUUUCCUGGAUUGAGGAGGAUGAUGGGUUUUUCCCAAAACAAGUGAAGAAAGGGGAGAAAAGCAGAGAAUUUGCAUGUGGGUGGAAUUCACAAUCUCAAUUUCAAAUUCGUGACUUGUCUUGGAUGUUUAAGGAUCGCAAUCUUGCAGGUUUAUUUAUUUCAAACAGAACUUAGUUGAAUAGAACAACUUUUUGCUUG